AAAAUCAAAUCAAAUACAGUGUUAGAUAUGUUGGCCCUUUUUUCUCCGUGAAUGGAAUUUCAGGAAUCCGAAUCAAUGGCCCCUGUGCUUCGCCCGGUUUCUUUCCGCCAUUAAAUUAUCGCCAUUUGUGUCUCUUCAAAAACUCCCUUUUCAGCCUUUUCUAGGGUUUCCUCUCUCCAUUAUAAAACUCCCUCCCCCCCCCCCAACCCAUCGCCACUCUGUUUUCCGCGUUACAGGGUUUGCUUUUGCAGUGCGAGAGAAUCCAAUUUCGAGAUUUCAUUGCUCUUAUGAAAUUCAUCACUCGAUUGUAAAGGUUUUGGUCUUGUUUUUGCGACUGGGUGAGAUAACACAGCCAAAUUCAAUUAAAUCAUCGGUUUCCAUUGCCACAAAAGACUUAGCUCUGCUGUUUUACUCAAACAAUUUAUCUGCUGAAAAUGGAUGAUGGAGAACUCGAUUUCCCAAGUGAUCAAAUGAUGUCAUGCUUGGACCUGCCUAAUGCACAGAGCAGCUGCUCAUUCGACAUAGACGAGUUUCUUGGUCGAACACAAUCCUGCAAUGAUGCCCUUGGCCGAACCGAGGCUUACACAGACGUUCUUGGUCGAACACAGGCUUGCACCCAUGCCCAUGCGUGUAACCCAUCGGGACCCGAUAAAUCACACACACACACUUGUAUACAUGUCCACACCCAAAUUAUGCACUCCCCUAGUGAAGGUCAGGAUCCAAGUGAUGACACCGCUGAGUCGGUGGAGAAAAAAGGUAAGAAAAGGCCUACGGGUAAUCGCGAAGCGGUGCGCAAAUACAGGGAGAAGAAGAAGGCUAGGGCUGCAUCUUUAGAGGAUGAAGUUAUCAGAUUGAGGGCUUUAAAUCAGCAGUUAAUGAAGAGACUGCAGGGGCAGGCUUUAUUGGAGGCUGAGAUUACCAGGCUGAAGUGUUUGCUUGUGGAUAUUAGAGGGAGGAUUGAAGGAGAAAUCGGCUCUUUCCCUUAUCAGAAGCCGGCCAAGAAUGCAGAUAUCUACCAAAACAUUGCUAACCCUAACAUUCAAGGCACUUAUGUGAUGAACCCGUGUAAUAUGCAACGGAAUGAGCAGCUUUACUGCCUUCACCCUGGAUCGGAAACUGCGUUCAGUGGUCAGGGCCUUGGGGACUGUGGAUUCGACGAUCUACAGUGUUUGGGGAAUCAAAAUUCUAAUCCGAUGGAGCUACCUGAUUGUGGGUUUGAUAAUGUUAACAUUGCUUCUAAUGCCAAUACUUCCAGCAGCAGCAAGAAAAAAGGAAGGGCACGUGCUGCAGGGGCUAGCUAGAAUCGAGAAUUGAGUACUGCCAAUUUUCAUUUCCGACUUUGAUUGUUGAGAUUAGGGCGUAGCAUAUCUAAAUAACAAGCUACACUUAGAGCUCUCUCGGCUUGGUUUCAUGUACAGUGGCUUUUUAUUUACAAACAAUGCAUUGUAAAGUGGGACAGCUCGGUACAUAGCUAGCAGAAGUUGAGGAACAACCAGAUGACUAAGAAUUUCGGUUUUGCAAAACGCUUAUGAUUUAUUUUUAUUUUUUUCAGACUCCUAUGAUACUCGUUAUUUCAUUUAAAUGUAUUCUGUACUACUACUAUUACUACUAUUUUUCGUCCUCUUGUCUCGGAAUUUUGAAUAACAUAUCACCAUAAGCUAUGAGCAGCUUUUGUUGUCACAUAGCAUUCUGAUUGUUUUAAGAC